CCUUAUACCGCCGCCCGCCGCUGCUCUCGCCACACUCGUCUCCGGCAGCGCAGGCGGCAGCAUGUCUGGCAGAGGCAAGGGCGGGAAGGGGCUCGGCAAGGGGGGCGCCAAGCGGCACCGCAAAGUGUUGCGCGACAACAUCCAGGGCAUCACCAAGCCGGCCAUCCGGCGCCUGGCUCGGCGCGGCGGCGUGAAGCGCAUCUCGGGGCUCAUCUACGAGGAGACGCGCGGCGUGCUGAAGGUGUUCCUGGAGAACGUGAUCCGCGACGCCGUCACCUACACGGAGCACGCCAAGCGCAAGACGGUCACGGCCAUGGACGUGGUGUACGCCCUCAAGCGCCAGGGACGCACCCUCUACGGCUUCGGCGGCUAAAGCGUUAGUUUAGUUUUCUCUGCGCCCUAUCUCGAUAACCCAAAGGCUCUUUUAAGAGCCACCCACUUUCCUCUUAAGAAGAGCUGUAACAUUGUGUGUGUUUUUUCUGAAUGUAUGUUUGCUCGUGGUUACAAUGUCUUAAGAGCCUGUAAAGCGCCUUAAAAGUGCUGCUGGUUAUUGAGUAUGUCUAACUUUUAAAGCAAGUAGAUUAAUGUUUUCGCUUCUCACGGUUAAAAAUGAGUAAAGCUGAAACCGUUCUGUAACCGAAAUGUGGGGUUUUUUUCUUCUACUUAUGCCCUAGCUGGACCAGUACGUUACAGACCACUAAAAUUUUAGUAAAAAAAAGUUUUUUGUGAUUAAACUUCAUUUCUGAGA